AAUAGAGGAGACGUGACUGUUGUUCCACUUGCGGAACCCAAAUCACUGCGUUAUGUUUCACCGGACACCUUUUUCAGACGGACUUAACGCUAGCUUCGCUGGGUGAGCUAUUAUUGAUUCCAGAGAUGCCCAAAAAGAAAACCGGAGCCAGGAAAAAGGCGGAGAACCGCAAAGAGCGAGAGAAACAGAUCCGAGCCAACAGGGAGCAUGUGGAAGUGGCCAAACACCCCUGCAACGUGAACAUGGAAUGUGACAAAUGUCAGAGGAAGCAGAAGAACAGGGCAUUCUGCUACUUCUGUAACUCUGUGCAGAAGCUGCCUGUCUGCGCUCAGUGUGGUAAAACUAAGUGCAUGAAGGCUUCUGAUUGUGUUAUCAAGCAUCCAGGGAUCCACAGCACAGGAAUGGCCAUGGUGGGGGCAGUGUGUGACUUCUGUGAAGCCUGGGUCUGCCAUGGUAGGAAAUGUCUGAGCACCCACGCCUGCUCAUGUCCUCUGGCCGACGCCGACUGCAUCGAGUGUGAGCGUGGAGUCUGGGAUCAUGGAGGUCGGAUUUUCCGCUGUUCCUUCUGUCGGAAUUUCUUAUGUGAGGAUGAUCAAUUUGAGCACCAGGCCAGCUGUCAAGUCCUGCAGGCAGAAACCUUUAAAUGCGUUUCCUGUAACAGACUGGGACAACACUCGUGCCUGCGCUGUAAGGCCUGUUACUGUGACGACCAUGCCAAGAGUAAAGUGUUCAAACAGGAGAAAGGCAAGGCUCCACCUUGUCCGAAGUGCGGCCAUGAGACCCAGGAGACAAAAGACCUCAGCAUGUCCACUCGCACCUUGAAGUUUGGUCGGCAGGCCGGUGGCGACGACGAUGAAGACGACUAUGACGGCGCAUCCGGGUACGACGCCUACUGGAAGAACCUGGCAGCUGGAGGAAGCCGACAAGACGACUAUGGAGAUGAUGAUGAUGAUGAUGAGGAGGAAGAGGAGGAUGACGGGUAUGAGGAGGAUGAGGAAGAGGAAGAAGAUGAAGAUGAAGAGGAGGAUGAAACUGCUUCGGAGUCCCUGGCUGAGCUGAAGAUAGAUGGCACUGCAGCCUAAAGUAAGACUGAGGAGUGGAUUUGAACUGAGUGAAAGUCACAGAGUUUGGCAGUUAGCAGUCAAGCAGCUUAAUGUUCUUGUAAUCUUUGGAAGUGGUUUAUAUGCAUUCUUUUUUUUUAAGCUUUUCACAUGUUUUUUUGUCUAGUCCUGGUAUCAAUAUGGUAUGAUGAGGAAGAGGAGGACAAACGGAGAAAAACCAUAAACUGUACCAGAAAGCCCAAGUUUACCCAGGAGUGAGUAAAUAAAUAUCAAAAGGCAAAACUGAUUAUUAAAAGCUGCAUUCUGCAGUUUGUUGACUAAGAACUAUGAGAUUCUCACAGUUAGACCAGGCUUAAUAAAAGAACCAUCUAAAGGAUAUUUACAAAUUAACACCUGUGUAAAUAAAUAAAACAUGAUUUUUUUCUUUAAAAAAAUAGAAAAGCAAAAAUCCUUCUUACAGCUGCAAAAAUAAUCUACGUUUAACUUGCUGCUGUUUUUCCCAUCUAGCGUAACAGGAGUAUAUUGUUAAAUUAUCAAGUUUGUUGGCAAAAUGUAAUAAUAUUUCAAUCAAAGGCCAGGCAGUACUUGGCAUCAUGUGGGGGAGGGGCAUUAGUACAUUAUUGUAAACUCCCAUACAUAACUUAACAGAUUUCAUUUGCAUUGCAUUAAAAUAACUUUACAAAAGCAUUUAAUUGAAAUUCAGGAGCAGGAUUUUGUUUUGCAGUUUCUCUGUAAAACAAGAUGAGUUUUAAAUAUCGUAAAAAGUCGUAAUUUGUCAGAUUAUGACUUCUUAAAAAGGCAUAAAGCGGCUUCCUCUGACACCUUCUUACUUUGUUUCUUCUAGGUGACACUCAACCAUCGCACAAGGUGUUGCUGUUUUACUGUUACGACUUUUCUCGUUAAAAACAUGUUUUGGUUUUAACAAAAUAUAAAACUUUACUUUUUUGUAUCUUGUUAAAACGUAAAACUUUCUCGUUUUAGCAAGAAAUGCUCCUGAAAUGAACACUUCUGUACUUUCAUGUGUAAAAAUUAUAUGAUGGGAAAUUUUUGUAGUUUUUAAUCUGUGCCGGAUCUCUGGAUACAUAGUUGUGGAUUUUUUUUAAAUGCUUGAGCAUUAGCAAAUAAAAACAUAACUGCCAUAUGUAGAAACAACACUGGUUCUUCACAUGAGAUUUUUCUUGCAAAAAAGAGUUGUGGGUCAUGUAUACUGGAUUGAAAUCAGGAGAAAAGCAGUUAAAGUCUAAGGAAAAUCCUCAUAAAGGCUGAUUGACCUGUUGAUCAGAACCACUGUUGAAGAUGAGAAAGUCUAGCUGUUAGAAAGCAUAAAACAUAAGAAAUGACUGGUUCUCUAUUUGAAGCUCCUUGUUCAUUCCAGCGCUCUCUGGUGACUUUUAGGAAUGUUGUGAACCAUUUCAAACUUCACCCUUCUGCAAGGAAUUGAAGGAAUAAAGUUUAGUAUGAAUCUAAAUCAAUAAAAUUGUGACU